AUGGCUGAGAAGAUAACCAAAGUGGUCAGCAAAGUCGUUCCUAUGGACAAAUGCGUUGCCCAGGUCUAUGAUGGUGCUGCAGUGAUGAAGGGACAAAAGAAUGGAGUAAAUGCCAUCAUCAGCCAGGACUAUCCGAAGGCAUUGUACUUGCACUGCCAGAGCCAUGUGCUGAAUUUGUGCUUGGUGGGCACGGUGUCUUCUGUUCAAGAAGCAGAAGAUGUUGUGAGCAUGAUGGUGGGAGAAAUGAAGUCCCGCUUCAGCAACAAAACCUUGCAAUUCCUGAGGGAAUUUGGAGCUCUAGAGCCCAUGAUCAUGAGGGAAGGAGUGCUCAUUGAGAAUGAUCAGUUUCUGAAUUCAGAUGAUCUCUUGGCCAUAACUGAAUUCUAUGGGCUUUGUUCCCAGAGUGAUUUCCUGGCUGAGGCAAGAGUUGCACGCAGAGUCAUCAUGAAAAGAUGGCAUGAAGCUUCCAAGACUGAAUUUUCAAUUGACAGUGUGAUGUCUAUUAGCACUGAUCUUGGCGAGAUUUUUCCUUACAUUCUUUCACUUUAUGAACUUGCUUUGACAAUUGGGUGCAGCAGUGCCUCUUGCGAGAGGUCUUUCUCUGCUAUGAAGCGAGUAAAGAGCUACUUGAGGUCUUCAAUGACUGAAGAGAGGCUGCAUGCUCUAUCUGUCAUCAACAUUGAGAAUCAGCUGCCUAUUGAUGCUAAUGCAAUUGUUUUCAAAUUCGCAGCCAAUGAUGGAAACAGGCGACUCCUGUUGUAUUAA